UACAUAAUCUGACCCCUUAUCAACAAAUUUGUCAAAUAUGUAACUGUGACCUAUCUUUUCACCCUACGUGAAUGAACCCAAGGUGUUUGAAAAAAUGAUACAUAUAAUUGUUUAUGCAAUUUUUUAUGACACAAAAUCUGAUAACGAACUAGAAGGAUACCUGCAGAGAGAGAGAGAGCUACUUGAGAAAUUGAGGACUAUACAAAUCAUAGAUUACAUGCAUUGUAUAUAGACGAUGGAAGACAAUGCUACACUUAUUUUUGUCGUUUUUAUAGAUUUUUUUGCCAUGUAAAACUAUCUUUGCUUGUAACCUUUUAAAAGUAUCUCCUAUAAGUUACUAGAAGUAUUCAUUAACUUUUUGUUUCAACAGUUACUUGUUUAUCUCACCUGUAAACAUAUUUUCACUAAGAUUUUUCUUUCUCGCUGCAAUGUCACAGCUAUGUUCCACUACAGGUUUGUGAGAAACGUCCAAAAAUGUUGAGUUUCAAAACAACUAACCAUAAAAAGCAAAUGCAAGAGUAGGUGUUAUCCUUUGACUUGUGCUUACCAAAUUCAUGUACUAUAUAUCAUAUCUUCCUUCUCAAAUCUUCGCUGGGACUUAAGUCACUGUCUCUCUCUGUGUCUCUUGUCUUCUUGUUGCAGUUCUGUCCACACAUCACACUUCCCUUUUGCAUCCUCAAACUAGAUACUACUCAUGGCAUGAGAGUUUUUCUCAGCGUGACACACUCUUCAAGGAAUCGAAAGGCCAAAUUCAAAACUUUCUUCAAUGAACACCGGAUUCCUCAUACCCUCUAUCCUUCUCCUUCUCCUUCUCACACCCUUCUCAGUUUCAUUCUCUCCCACAGAUAACUUCCUUCUCAGUUGUGGAUCACACAACAAUGCUUCCCUCUUCAACAGAGUCUUCACGGGCGAUUCCACCAACCCAGGUUCCAAUUUUCUCUCUUCAGAUCAUUCUGUUUCACUCGCAUAUCAAAAGCCACCUCAGAAUUUGCCCACUUUGUACCACACAGCAAGAGUUUUCAGCGGCACAGGGAGCUACAGGUUCAAUAUGAAGAAAAACGGCACCCACUUUGUGCGUUUUCAUUUCUUCCCCUUCAAGACUCAAAGUUUUGAUCUAAAAUCAGCAAAAUUUAGUGUCUUUGUUAAUGGGGCUUCUGUGCUGAACAAUUUCCAGCCACCUAAUGAUGUGCUUCUCAAAGAGUUCAUUCUAAACACAGAGUCAAACUUUCUUGAGAUUUUGUUUAGGCCUGUUGGUGACUCAGGUUUUGCCUUUGUCAAUGCUUUGGAGGUGUUUACUGCCCCUGUGGACUUUGUUAUAGAUUUUGGAGCCAGGGUCGUUGGUCCUUCUGGGAUGGAAGAGUACCGAAACCUUUCAUCUCAGGUUUUGGAAACUGUUCAUAGGAUCAAUGUUGGGGGUUUGAAAAUAACUCCUUUCAAUGACACCCUUUGGAGGACUUGGAUUCCUGAUGAACAUUAUUUGGUGUUUAAGGGUGCAGCAAAGCCUGCAGUGAGCACUCACAUACCAAAUUACCAGAAGGGAGGUGCAACUAGAGAGAUUGCACCUGAAAAUGUUUACAUGACUGCUCAGCAGAUGAAUAGGGAUAACUCAAGUUUGGCUUCUAGGUUCAACAUAACCUGGAACUUCCCUGUGUCUCCUGGUGGUGUUCCGCACUUGGUUCGAUUGCAUUUCUGUGAUAUUGUUAGUCCUGCUCUCAACUUGCUCUACUUUGAUGUGUACAUCAAUGGGUACAUUGCAUACAAGGAUCUUGAUUUGUCAGUGCUUACCAUCCACACGCUUGCAUCACCUGUCUAUGUGGAUUUUGUUACAAAUUCAGAUGACUCGGGUUUUGUUCAAGUGAGUGUUGGUCCUUCCGAGCUAAGCAGUUCCAUGAGGAUGAAUGCUAUAUUGAAUGGUGCAGAGAUAAUGGAGAUGGUGAAUGUUGUCAGUACUGAGGUUGUGCAUAGGAGGAAGAAUUUGUGGCUGUUGGUGGGUUCAGUUGUUGGAGGAAUUGCUGUCUUUUUUUUAGUUGUAACUGCUUUUCUACUUGGUACCAAAUGCAGGAACAAGAAACCAAAACAAAGGACAUUGGAAAGUGUUGGAUGGACACCUUUAAGCAUGUUUGGAGGGAGUUCCCUCAGUAGAAGCUCCGAGCCUGGUUCUCAUGGACUUCUUGGCUUGAAGAUCCCUUUUGCUGAAAUACAAUCAGCAACAAACAACUUCGAUAGAAAUUUGAUUAUAGGGUCUGGUGGGUUUGGUAUGGUCUACAAAGGAGUGUUCAGAGACAAUACAAAGGUUGCUGUCAAGAGAGGCAUGCCAGGGUCCAGACAAGGCCUUCCCGAGUUCCAAACUGAGAUAACAGUUUUGUCCAAAAUUCGCCAUCGCCACCUUGUUUCACUGGUUGGUUUCUGUGAAGAAAAUUCAGAAAUGAUACUUGUCUACGAGUAUGUAGAAAAGGGUCCGCUGAAGAAGCAUUUAUAUGGCUCAUCACGACAAGCACCUCUCUCUUGGAAGCAGCGUCUUGAAAUAUGCAUUGGUGCAGCCAGAGGUCUUCACUAUCUUCACACUGGCUUUGCUCAAGGAAUCAUCCACCGUGACAUUAAAUCAACCAACAUAUUGCUUGAUGAAGACUACGUGGCCAAAGUUGCUGACUUUGGUCUUUCAAGGUCAGGUCCAUGCAUUGAUGAAACACAUGUGAGUACUAAUGUGAAAGGUAGUUUUGGUUAUCUUGAUCCUGAGUAUUACCGGAGACAGCAACUUACGGAUAAGUCAGAUGUUUAUUCAUUUGGUGUAGUGCUUUUUGAGGUUCUUUGUGGCAGAGCUGCUGUUGAUCCACAAUUAGCAAGAGAACAGGUGAAUUUGGCAGAAUGGGCACUUGAAUGGCUGAAGAAAGGAAUGGUGGACAAAAUUGUUGACCCCCAUCUUGUUGGACAGGUCCAACAAGACUCCUUAAAGAAAUUUUGUGAAACUGCAGAGAAAUGUUUGUCUGAGUAUGGAGUUGAUAGACCAGCUAUGGGUGAUGUGUUGUGGAAUUUGGAGUAUGCACUUCAGCUCCAGGAAAGUGGACAACAAAGGGAGCCACAUGCCAACACCAGUGCUAGUGAAGCUGCGAGUGUGACCAGUACAGUUAUUGCAGGAAAUCCUUCUACCAGCACAAGAGCAGAGAGGGAUUAUGAUAAUUUUUCUUCUGAUGUUAGUACUAGCCAAGUGUUUUCCCAGCUAAUGAACAAUGAAGGUAGAUAGGUGUACCCUAAGGUUGCAUACUUUUUUUUUUUCUGUCGAGUUUUCUUUUGAAAAACAUUGCACCAAAACCAUGAUUAGCAAGAUUUAGUCAUGGAAGGCUCCUUAUAUAGCACUAGUUCAUUGAUAUUUUCUUACAAAUGUUGGAAUAUCUUGUCUGAUAUUUGAAGAUCGCUUAAAAUUUUUGCAGUAUAAUUGAUUCAUUAAUUUUAUACA